UGCAUUGAUGACGGCUGCUUUCUUCACGUCGUUGAGAGUCCAUUGUAUACCGAGCCAAGGGACAAGAAGCACACCCAGUCGGGAACGUCCUAAGAAUCAGAAACAUGGCUCCCAAGCAGCCAUCUACUAAGGGCGGCAAGAGCAAGAAAAAAGGCGGCGGAGGCGUCGACAUUGCACAGGCCGAGGACGAUCCUCUCCAUGCAGUAAUUCUCGCCGACUCUUACAACUCCCGCUUCCAGCCCUUGACGCUGGACAAGCCGAGAUGCUUAUUACCCCUCGUCAAUGCACCGCUUAUCGACUGGACCUUGGAAGCCUUGGCGCUGGCUGGUGUGCAGCACACCUACGUUUUAGCCCGUUCUCAUGUCGAACUCAUUCGUGACCAUGUCGCUUCCCGCAUGGACAGCAGCAUGAUCACUGUUAUUGCGACUCCUGAGGCGAGAAGCGUGGGCGACGCAAUGCGAGAGCUCGAUACCAAGCAACUCGUCAAGUCAGACUUCCUACUUGUGCACGCAGACUGCGUCGGUAACAUGGACCUAGCCGAAGUGAUCAGGAUCCACAAGGAGCGUCGGAAAGCCGACAAGGACGCGAUCAUGACUAUGUGCACCAUGUCGACUGCUGCGGGCAGUCGCAGUCGACCAUAUGGUGACUUGGCACUCUUCUGCCUGCAAGGUGAAACGACUCAGCUCUUGCACUACGAGGCCCUCCCCGCGAUACCGCGAAAGAAGGGUAUAUCGCUGCCUUCCAUUCUCUUCGAUGAGAAGGAAGGACAUGCGGAAGUCGAGUUGCGAAAUGAUCUCGUUGACUGUGGUGUCGAUGUCUGCAGUGUCGACGUGCCGCCGCUCUUCUCCGAAAACUUUGACUACCAAGACCUGCGCCGCGACUUUGUAACGGGGAUUCUCACUUCCGACCUGCUAGAGUCAAAGAUAUACGUACACGUCGCGCCAUCGUCGCCACAUCGGAUAACCGCAUCCAGUUCCAGCACGCGAAGUGUGUGGGCCCCUCGAACAGGAAGGGGCUGGGGUUAUGCAGCGCGCGUCCGGGACCUUCGCACCUACGUUGCGAUCAGCAAGGACGUGAUUUCCCGUCGGCUUGCACCUCUCGGUCCUGGUGGCAACAUGCCGGGUGGAAGCCGUUACAGUAUUAAAGCUGGCUUGCGAUAUACGGGAGACGAUGUACACCUCAGCCGAAGCUGCAGCAUUGAGUCUGGCACGCUUAUUGGACCUGCCUGCAAGAUCGGGGAACGGGUCACGAUCCGGAGGAGCAUCAUUGGGCCAGGCUGCAUCAUUGAGGAUGGCGCUCAUAUCUCGGACUCGUACAUCUGGGCAAAUUGCAAGAUUGGGGAAGAUGCCACGAUUCAAGAGAGUGUUCUAAGUGAGGAGGUUCACCUGCUAGAAGGCGUGAAGGUCGGGCGAGGGACACUCAUCGGUCAGGGCUGCAUCAUUGGCUCGCGAGUUAAGCUGUGUCCCAUGUCAAGGGUGGCCAAGAUCAGGUACUCCGACGCGCAAAGAUUAGAGGAUGAGGACGAUGAAGACUUCUCCAGUGCCCCGCUGGCUGCCGAGAUGUCAUCAAACCAGGCCCAGAAUCCAUCUUUCUCCUCAGGGUCGUCAGACCUUGGGGUCGGGGGUCAAGGCUUCCUCUGGCCUUUGCGCGGGCAAGAAGGCGCCGAAGAUGAUGAGGACAUCUAUGACGACGACAUAGUGGAAGACGCGCGAAAUGUUGCAAUCUUACAGCUCGCUGCGGGAGACGAAGGGGUGCAACUGUACGAUGACGCGUCCGACCUUUCGUCCAUCGACGGUGAUUCUGACUUUGGUGAAGACAGUGAUGACGAAGUCAGUGCGAUCUCAUCGGCAACUUCAGCAGCGGCCAAUUCGCGAAUGGCAGGCAAAUCAACGGCAAGGGCUUCAGGUGCGCGAGCAGAUAGCGGUAUGGGCGCUAGGAGUGAAGACAUGAAGACCUCCUUGACGCUGAGCGGCUCGGCAGCCACGGCAGGCGAGAAAGCGGCGGCGCAGCAGCGCCUGGUCGACUUUCACGAAGAAGCACUCGCAUCUCUUAACCGCGCUUACGAUGAAAAACACCAGAUCUCCAACAUCUCGAUCGAACUCAAAACGCUGCGCAUGUCGAGCAACGUACCACCAAAAGAGGUGUGCUCCACAGUCGUUGCGUUCACACUGAGCAAGUGCGAUGCAACAAAGCCGAAGGAAUUGGUCGAAACGAUGGACCACUGGGGCGAGCUCAUUGCCUCGGUCGCUUCUGAUGACGAGAUUGAGGCAAUUAGCGUGAUGCAGGCCUAUUGCGCCGCAUUCAACGAAACACAUGGCCGCCUCUUUGUGCCGCUGCUCAAGAAGUGGUACAACGACGAUGUCGUGUCGGAGGAAGGUAUACUGGAGUGGUACAAAUCGCCGCGAUCGAGCAAGCCUCCUGCACCUACAGAACAUCUCCUUAGCCAUCCCCAGCUUGCAUCUAGCCAAGCAGGAGCAAUGGGUGGUGCCGUGAUGGCCGUCGAUUUGGAAGUCUAUGCCGGGCUCAAGAAAGCCGCACAUGAAGUCAUCAUGCUCUUGCUUGAGGACAGCGAGGAUGAAGACGAUGAUGAAGAGGACGAAUAGCGCUGCGUAAAACGAGUACGCAAGAAAAGGUGGCGCGUCUCUUGCAUAUCCCAACGUAAUCCUCGUUCACGUGUUCAUGAAAUGCUUUCGAUACUUGUAUUAAGCCUCUGUGCAAUGAAUGCGGUC